AUGGAAACUCUUGAGAAGAACCCCGAUGGCUUGGCCAACGACCUCGGCCACGAGUUCAUUGAGCAAUCCUACUUGAGUUACGUGGUGCCUGCAAGAACAAACACUCAUCUAAACGAAGCCUUCAAAGAUGCAGAGGCCAGCAACAUUGUACGUGGAUCUAUCCAACAACGAGAAUCGCUCUUUUUCGACGAGACGGUGGAUGUUCUUCUAAUUCUCAAAAUGCCGUGGCUGGAAGAAGACGCGUUGAAGACGCAAUUAGAUAGACUAGUUGUCUGUCUUGAAGCUCGCGUGCUCAACAGCCGCUCCUCAGACCGUGACUCACAGCCUGCCGCCGAGACAAUCUUCAAGGGACACGUUGAAGACAUUUCGAGUCCCCUGACAAUCGUGGAUGAGGAAAACCUGUCAGAGCAGCAUGGUUCGUGCCAGGCCGUGUACGCCGUGUGGAAACUCUCCGUCUUGUUGAAUCGGCCUCGCAUGCGGCUUAACAGUCCGCUCAUAGCGUUUUCGGCCGCCGCCAGCCUAAAGCCGCACACCGCGGGAGACGCUCGUCCUCGCGGGACGGAAUACCUCCAAAGCGGAAUGCCCUCUAGCCUCAACCUUUUGGAAUCUUUCUCUUCAGAUCAGGCUCUGGACGGGGUAAGGCCUAGAUUGUCUGCGCUACGUGUGUCGCGCGUCGCCCCGGUCAGCAGACAGCAGGACCUGGUGGUGCACCUUCGAGCUCUGCCGCUGCUGCAGAUGCCCAUCUUCCCCGCCAUUCACACGAGGAUACGAUUUUCCCGGCCACAGACGGCUCCGUCAAAGGCAGCUUUGAUUGCGGUGCUGGAAGUAGACUUGACCUCUCACGUCGAAUGCGAAGUCUUGCUCGAUGACAUCAAACUCUCCACCAACGAUGGAACGGUAGAGAGCCUCCACGACGACGUUGACCAGAUGAAGUUGCCGAUGAGCUGUGUCGCGCAUGAUCACAUCAUCUUCCUGUACCACAUCAAGCCUACGCCAUCGGAAAAACCGUCCAAGUCCGUCACGGGCACGCUCGACAUUUCUCUCACAGCCGUCGCUCAAGUCUCUCCCGGUGUUUGCGCCCCUCGCCUUUCCAUGAGAUGGGACUCGGUGCUGGACUUUACAGCCCCUGUGAAUCCUAGCUUCAGCACCACAGCAGAGUCCUCGGGAAUACAGCGGGCACACAAGCCGUCGCAGCUUUCCAUAGGCAGCAACACUGCCGUCGUGCCGCUCAAAACAAUGCCGGUGCUUCGCCCCGACGCCCUGCCAGGCCUCGAAUCGUCGACGGCGCGGACAGAGGCCGCCGUUCCGGAUCUCGGAAUCACCAUGUCCUUUACGGGGCCUUCCGCUCCCGUUCGCCGAGGGGACGUCUUCUCCUGGGAAGUGAAUGUGGUGAAUCGCGCAUCAGAGGCAACGGCGCGGCCACCGCGCAAGCUCGCUCUUGUCGCCGUGCCCAAGCGCCGUCGGAACGACACGAGGCCUGCGCAGCCGCCAUCCACGGCCUCCAGACGUCGCGGCGAACCGGAUGUAGCCGGUGCCGUAAUGGACGCGAACAUUCUUCACGCCCUACAAAGGGACUCUGCGUUUGACGCGACGGAAGUCGUUUGCCUCAGCGCUGACACUCGCGUCGGCCCUCUUGCACCAGGGACAUGCCACGUUGUGGAACUGCAAUUCUUGGCUCUGAAGGAGGGCAUUGUGGGUGUAGAGGCGGUACGAGUUGUCGAUCUGGGUUCCCAGGAACACGUCGACAUACGGGACUUGCCCACGACGAUAGUGGAACCCGCCGUCGUCGCAUGA